AUGUACACACUGAAAAGUUCGCAAGGAAAUACAGCUCCAUAAUUCUAAACCUUUUCUGGAAGACAACCGUUGAAAGGACAACGAUGAAAGAACUUGUUUUCAUAACCGCGAUUCUAUGCUUUUGGGUAACGUAUGCUGGUGGAUUCAAUUGUUAUCUGUGCAAAGGUAUGCAGUCCUCACUCCAAGCAUGCGAUAACAAGAUCCAGAAGGCUCAUUGUUCGACGCAUGCAAAAGGCGCUGACCGCUGUGGAAUCUUCUCGUUCGUUAAUACUUCUGGCAUCAGAGUUUACGGCAAGAGUUGUGUAUAUGAGAGAUUUUGCGAAAGCGAAGAGGAAUUCUGUAAAAGCGUGUCAGAGGAUUUUGGAAAAGGUAUCACAGGGUGUGAAAUCAGGUGUUGUAGCGAGGAAUACUGUAAUUACGAUUCUAAUACUGUCAGUGUUCCCAAGCAGUUUGCUGACGACUCUGAAGAUUGUGGCUGGGUUGAUGGAAGUGUGUCGCAAGGGGUCAGUGGCUUUCUUCACGGAGCAUGCGCACUCUACGCCAUGGCAAUGGUCAAAUAAGUAUCAUUAGCGACUGGGAUAGACUACGAGCAGUCCCACCUUUACGGCGAGUCCACCGCGCUAGUCUAAAAACAUCAGCGAAAAAAAAUUAACGUUAGCGCGCCACGGAGAGCUCUGGGCACGCUAACAUCAUCUUUUUCCCUCGCUGUUCUUUUUUCGGACUUGUGCGACGGACUUCGUCGAUAAGGAGGAACUGGUCGUAGUCUACGACUGGGAGGAAACCUUAGAAACAUUUUCGUUUGCCGUGACUUACAGAUUUUGUGAUUGAACUGUUAUUUAAUAAGAAAUUGGCGUUUGAUUGGAAGAGAGAAGUGUUACCAAUAUAUUAAUUUCUUUCGCUGAAAAUGAUGACGAUUGGAAACUUUUAAAAGGAGUCAGUAGGUUUAUAUGAGCUAAUUAGUUUCUCUAAACUUCUGUACUAACAAUAUCCCAUGCUUCUGCUCUAUUACGAUGGUCCUUGCGAAUCUACCAUGAUCAGUUUUUCCUUUAGGUAUCUGUUUGCUUAUUUACGCUUUCUUGAAUUCUGCUUUAGAAUGGCACUGAAAAAUCAUCGCUAAAUUCACGUAUUCAUUUAUAGAAUGAUCAUUUUGAUAACAGCUGAAUAAACCUAAGUUCUAAAACA